AUGAGCGGCCGCAGUAAGGGUCGGAAGAACUCCCGCGGCAAAAGCCGAGGCAAAGGCCAAGCCAAAGCCCGAGUCCGUGCUUCUCCUGACGACGGUCCGCACCACCCGGACCCUCCACAGUUCCAGAGGCUGGAGGAAGACACCACGGUGGCACAGGUGCCGGCUGGCGCGGGUUGGGGUGGCCUGGAAACCGCUGCGUCUGCGCCGUGCCCCCGGCCCGGGGAGGAGGCUGCCCGCCGACCCCCCAUGGACUGUGGCCUCCCGCUCUGGGCCCGAGCUGCGGGGGACCAAGGGCAGGCCGCGACCAGGCCCGGCCUGGGGAAGGCCACUUCUAUCUCAGAGCGCCUGUCCACAGACACUGUCUUCGUGGGAACUACGGGAACCGUGGGAAGGCCGAAAAAUGGCCCCCGCAUCGGAAAUCGGCGUGGCGCAGCUGGGAAGAAGGGCCCAGAAACACGUAGUGCCAUGGGGAGGGCACCUCAGGCCAUAGCUAGUGGAAAGCCGAAGAAAGGGACGGCCGGGGAUUGUACCUCCGUCUCAAUGGAGGAGGAAAAGAAGGUGGAGAAGAAUGCAGGGUCAGGGCCCCCAGUGACAGAAGGCAGCAUGGAUACUCUGGAGAAUGUCCAGCUGAAGCUGGAGACCAUGAACGCCCAGGCGGACAGGGCCUACCUUCGCCUGUCGCGCAAGGUUGGGAAGUUGCGACUGCACCACUUAGAGCGGAGGAACCUCCUGAUCCAGAAUAUCCCUGGCUUCUGGAGGCAAGCUUUUCAGAACCACCCCCAGCUAUCAUCC